AUGGCUAAAGUAAUUACGGCUCUUACAAGAAGUUUAAGCCGUCCUCAUUACGUAAGAAUAAGUUUACGUUGCCUAAAAACCUCAUCAGUAAAUAUGGAUAAGGCUCUAGAAAAUUUAAAAACUAAUCCAUACUUUGAGAAAUAUGCUGCGCGUAUCGCAGAUUUACAAAAAACUUCGCCUGAAGAGUUUAUGCAAAGAGUUGAACUUCAAAAACAAUCUAAAGAAGAGGAGAAGAAAAAAAAGUUUGCAUCUGUCGAUACGAGACAAUUUUCUUCUGUACUGAAUCCUAAAGAAGAAUUGAAGGAAGUUUCUAACUCAAACGACAAAAAACUCAGUGAUAUAUUUAAAGUAGAACUUGUUAAAGAUAAAGAUGCAAAAGAGAUUCAAGGGAUUUGGGAGGAAUAUCACAAGAAUAAAGAAGUAAUAUCAGCAACCAUUCCAAAAGAUACUUACACCAGCCUGCAACAACAAAUGCAACAGUGUCCCACUUUCCUGUUCCCACUGCCAAGGUCUCAGGGUUACGAGUUCAUUAUGUGCCAGAGUCAUGGUCAUACAGUACACUUCACACCUUUACUUGCUUAUCAGGUACAUAAAGAGAAUGCACCCGAGUGCCUCACUAUAGUGCACUACACAGAGCUUGCUGACAAAGGACUUAUACUCAUGCGUGGUGAAUUUGAUAAGAAUGUGUUAGAUGGUCAAGAAGCUCAAUGUCUAGCAAAUCAGUUUCAAAUGUAUUAUAGUGGGAAAGACACUACUAAGUUACAGCUACUCAACACUUUCACCAAGAACCCAGACACAUUCAAGCAUAUGGAUUUGAUUGCACAGUUAGAAAAUAUUGGUUUAUAA